AUGGAUGCUAUACUAUCUUCGAGUUCCAAUAACACAAAUGAUGCACAAAAUGGUGGUGAAAGGCCAAAUGAUACGGCUUCUGCCGCAGUGAAACAAGAUCCUGUAGAUAUCAUGAACGUAUCUUCAAUUGAACAGAGAACUUUGAAUCCUGAACGGUUUUUGUAUAUAGAGUUAGUAAAAUCACACAUGGGUCAGAAAGCUGCUCAAAUUAUUGAUGUGUUGAUAGGAUUAGGCAGAUUGAGUGCUCGUCAAAUUUGUGAAAAAUUAUCCUCUACCUCCUUCGAUGUGAAAACUGUGAAGACUACAUUAGUUUCUUUGAUCCAGUUACGUUGUGUCAGAUACCUGGAAGAGACAGCUUUAAAUGGGAAGAAGACAACCUAUUAUUAUUAUAACGAAGACGGUUUAUCACUUUUACUCUAUUCUGGUUUAAUAAUAGAAGAAAUCAAUCAACUAUUCCCUUCAGAUGGAACAGAAAAUAUAUCUGCAUCACAUAUAGUGCAGAACAUCCUAACUUUUGGUUCAAUCACCUUAGAUAGUUACUUACAAAAUUCAGAUUCAGAUACUUCGAAGCAUCACACUGCAAGUAUCUUCGUUAAACUUUGUGAAACUGGCUUCUUGAUACCAAUUUCAAAAUUGCAAUACACUCCUAUCAAUGAAAUAUGGAAUAUUUUAUAUCAAAAAAACUAUAAUCUAAUUCCAAGAAAUUCUACAUUAUCUGAAUUAAAGAAGAAAACUGAGGCCAAAUCAAAAACUAAAAGUGAAUUUUCAAAUAUUUUGAAUUCUAUCAAUGAUUUAUCAAAGAUAAUAAUUAUUGAUCCAGAAACGUCUUUGAAAACGGUCAUUGGAAAUAUCCCAUUAACUUUUAACCUAGAAAGAUUUCUAAAAUCAAGAAGAUCAAAACAGCUUGCACAAUUUGCCAAAUCAAGAAUUGGAAAAACAUCAUCUAUCAUUUAUAAAACUGCAUUGAGAAUGACUGAACAAGUCUCUCCACCUUUGAUAAACCCAUUAACUUACACAGACCUACUACAAGAUCAGGAUGAAACUGCUGCUAUGUUCACUGAUCUUGAAUUAUUGGAAGAAAAGACACCAGGGUUAUCUUUCAAUGCUAUUGAUAUUGCAAAGUAUCUACCUUCUGAUGUAGAUCUAAGAGGAAGCUUAGUUUCCAAAAAGACUGGUAAAAGGGCAAAUAAUGUCAAUAACAAUGCAAACCCAAGUAAAAAAAUGAAAACAGAAGAUGGUUUUGCAAUCCCUGCAUUACCUAAACAUUUGUUAGAUGCUGCUGAAGAAAUAGGAGAUGGUGAUGACCAUGAUUUGGACGAUGAUUAUGACGACGAUGACCCUCAUUCCGUUGGUUUAAUUAAUAGUCAUUUAAAACUUUUGGUAUCUUCUGGCCUGAAAUUCUUGAAAGAAACAAAGCCAGGUGUUUAUUACGUCCCAUACAGUUCAUUGAUGCCAUCAUUAAGAUCAUCAGUUUAUGACUAUAUUAUUGCAUCAACACUCGGACAAUCAGCAAUGCGUAUACGUCGUUGCAUCUGUGCUAAUAAGCUUGUUUCUGAAAAAGUCAUCAAUUCAACUGCAUUGAUGAAGGAAAAAGAUAUCAGAGCUGCUAUAUCAUCUUUAAUUAGAUAUAACGUGGUUGAAAUCCAAGAAGUGCCAAGAACCGUAGACAGAUCUGCUGCAAGGGCUGUAUUUUUAUUCAGAUCAAAAGAAAGUCAUUCUUACAUGUUUAUAAAACAAAAUCUAGCUUGGAAUAUGGGUAACUUACUCUUCAAAAAAGAAAAAUUAAAUGAAGAGAACUCUACUUUAUUGACAAAAGCAAAUAGAGAUGAUGUCAAAGGCAGAGAAGCUGAAUUAUUAUUGGCAAGCGAGUUAAAUCAACUAAAAAUGGUUAAUGAACGUCAGUUAACAUCUUUCACUCGUCUUACCAGAUUGAUAUCCCUCUGGGAAGCCUUUAAGUACAAUAACUAG